ACUUUCACAUAGCAGGUUGUUGUCAUGUUGCGACUAUGCACAAUAGAAAACUGAGUUAUAAUGCAAAUCUUAAACCGGCAGAGGUCUCACUGGUGUGGAUAUUAUGUGCGGUCGGACCGGAUGAAGCAAACAAUUGGCACUUUACCUCAUACACCCUUCUCCUCCCAACCAACGGAAGAAAGUGUCCGACAAUCAUCUGACUUGAAAAGUUCAGGGUAUUUGUUGAACAUCGAACUACCCGCAAAUGACGUUAAUGGGAGACUGCGUAGUGAAGUUUUGAUAACACAAAUGGUGCAGCCCAUUUUCGUGAACCAGUCGACCACCUUGAUACCAACAUGGCGCUCCACGCUCGACGUAGUGGUGGUUGCACUACUGGCCAUACUAGCCAUGGUAGCCAAUCUUGGUUUACUCUACCUGGCCAAGUUAACUAGACCAUCCGUAAUUGGAUUUAAUUUAACAUUUCCUCACACAAAAAUAUCGGAACAGACAAGCUCCGCCAAAUUAAAUGAUUUGAAACUUCGGCUAAGAAAAUACUCCUGUGCUUUCUAUGAGCAGUCCAAGAGACAGGUACCUUACGGGACACGCGCAUCAAUUGCUACGAUGGAACACAAUGACGACGCACAUUUGCGAAAAUCUGUUUCCACAAUCAGCGUUUCAAGAGCUGCAAACGGAUUAAGCGGAACUACAAAUAUUUCAACGCAGAAUCGUCCAACGCCCCGCACACGAAGACAUCGCCGUUAUCUCCGUGGACUUUUGGGAUUAUCUUUCAGCAACAUUACAAUUUCUCUAAGUUUACUAUCCUGGAGUGCAGUCCAAAUAGCACAGAGAACUGUAGCCGUUCCAUGGUUGGCUAUGCUCUGCGUAGCGAAUACGGCUAUCGCGGAUAUGGCGCAAGCCCUGGAGGUAGGUGCCGUACUGUGGAUAGCUCUGGAACGCACAUUGGGCAUACAUUGGCCCCGUGAAAAAAAGACUUCCACAGCCAACGUGGAAAAUUUCAACAACCAAACCCCCUGCAUGAAAAGAAAUUUAUUGUGUUGUUUGAAAGUUAACUCGGUAGCUGGUAAAGUGAGUCGCUGCAGUUUCAAUCAUCUUGAGUUUCACCAUUCGGCCAGGUAUUCCCGUCAACAUAACCUUUCAAAAGUAAAAGAAAGAUAUGUUUGGAAACCCAAAUGUGCAAAACGCAUUUGGGCGUCGUCACGCGUUUUCCUCAGCUUUCUGCCAUUUCUAUUGUUUUUCAUUGCAUCAAUUUCGGAAUUUGUUUCAUUUCUCCGACAUGCCCAUUCGGAAUAUGCUUCAAGUGACAGAUUUCCACUGUUUUUAUGGACAGAUUUGUCCCUUUACGAAACAAAUGGAGUGGUUAAUUUUUCCAAAAUUUGGAAUGAAUCGGUAAAUGGUACGCGAUUCGUAGCUGUGAUAUACUACACAAACAACAUUGUAUUAGCUCUAAUUGUGGGACAGUUUCUCGUUCCGUUGGCCAUACUUGUAACGACGAACCUGCUUAUAUAUAAAAAGGUGGCUUCAAGGGACAAACAAUUUUUUUCCAGGCAAUCCAGUAACACAAGCAAGUCAUCUUGUGUCUCAUCUAUGUCUUUUGGAAUGAGCACGUUCAAUAAAAUUCAAAACAGGCAGAAACACUGCGGUCCAAAGUUGGUUGGUGUGAUUCCACUUUUGCGUGUUUUAGAAAGCAGUAGUCACGAUGUCCGUGAAAGUGGCACGGGAUCACCUACUUCUACUCCUGCAGCUGCAAACGGAUGUUUUGCUAAAGAACCAAAUAUCCCUCUGGAAUCCAAUGUUAAAGAAUCUUCUAAAAAUUUAUUGUCUGUACCAAAUUUUGUGCCGGCCAAUGGACCAAUAGUACGCACGCCGAAAGAUCUAACGAUAGAAAACGCAACGCAACGUAGACGAAGUACUUCAGCUCUCUACCUCGACGAGGACCGUGAAUUCCCUCGGUUAAAGGCAAACAACGGUGACCUAUUGAACUGCGCAAACAAUAACACUGUACAAUUGCGUGUUCGCCGAAAAAGUAGCAGUGACAUUUUUUCUGCGCUAUUUCAAAACCGAAAUUCAGACGCUGCAGGUGGCGCAAAGCCUGUUGAACAGCCACUCUUGAUGCAAAUGCUACGCAGGCAGCACAGGCGCACACUACGCAUUCUCAUAAUCAUUUUAGUAGUAUUCGUGGUAUGUCGAGCGCCCCGAGCAAUAAUCCUCAUUCUUGGUUGGCUUCAAACAUCCUCAUUUUGUAAUUUCCCACAAUAUGCUCAUUAUUGGCUUCUUUACGCAAGUCUUUGGACACAUACCAGUGCAAUAUUUGAUACUAUAGUGUACGGCUUUUGGGGAAACCGAACAUAUCGUAUGCAUUUAGGACGUUGGUAUGCUAAGAAUAGAUUUUGCUGCCAAUAAUCACUUUCACACUUACAUGAAACAACCAGACAAUCUUUUGUACCCAAACACCAUCACGGUGUCUGAGUUACACCGCAUUUUCGCUAAAACUUUAAAUCUAUGCUUCCAUAUGUUGAGCCCAGGUUUUUCAUUAUCUUUCAAAAUCCCGGAAUUUUUCUACUGGUAGUUAUACCUCGAAUUUAAUGUAUCGAAAGAUAGUAAGAUAAUUAUAAAAUGUGCAAAAUUAUCCUGAUCUUAUAAGUU